UCCACUUCUCCUUAUCCGUCCCUCUUCUUCUUUCGCUAAUCCCUGAACCUCAGCAUCAGACAGAGCUCACAUCAAAGAAAACCCAAAUGGCAUCUCUAACCAAUUCCCCGUUUUGCCCUCAUCUUCUCACCCAAUUCUCACCUCCACCCGUCCUCUCCUUCACUCGCAGCCUCAAACCCAUUCCUCCAAAGCCGAAGUCUCCGAUUUCCCUCAAAAGAGACAACUUCACUACCUUCACCGUCAAAGCCCAGACCUUGGACUUCUCCGGUUCGUUCUUCGAGGGUGGUCUCGGUUCCGACGAUGACCCGCCUUCCCAAACCGGGUCUGGCAUAACUGCCUUGGAAGAUAAAGAGGAACCCCAGUGCCCACCGGGGCUCCGACAGUACGAGACCAUGGUGGUUCUCAGGCCCGACAUGUCUGAAGAUGAAAGGCUUGCUCUUACCCAGAAGUACGAGGAGCUUCUUGUUGCUGGUGGUGGCAUGUAUAUUGAGGUAUAUAACAGAGGGGUGAUUCCACUAGCCUACAGCAUCAGGAGGAAAAACAAAGCUGGAGAAACCAACACUUACUUGGAUGGCAUUUACCUUCUCUUUACCUACUUCACGAAACCGGAAUCAAUGGCGGCUCUCGAGGCGGCGCUCAACUCUGACGAUGAUGUUAUCCGAGCAUCCAGCUUCAAGAUAAGGAAGAGGAAGUAUAAUUAGAUUGGUAUGUAUGUGUCUGUAUCUUUACUUUUUCAUCAAUAGUUUUUGUUCCUUGACUGUUGAAUUAUUGACAAUAGAAAG